AUGGUUAACGCCAUCAAAGGAAUCUUCAUCUCUUGUGAUGUUCCAAUGGGGCAGUUUAUUUCACAUUUGAACAGUUCGUUGCUUGCUCCAGAGAAGUUCAUAAUUCAAGUGCUGAAACCGGAUACUACUUGUAUGUUUGUGAAGCCACACGCUGAGGAGAUGAUCCAGAGCGAGAUCACCAAGUUCAGGGAUCAAAACUCUUUCGCUAAACAACAGUCUUAG